ACCAUAUAUUAAAGCACCAAGAAGAGAAAGGGUCACAACAUUACGAUCCUCUCUUUUCUUUCAUUUUCUUUGACCCUUAUUGUCUUCUUACACAGACUGUGAUACUGUUGUUCUUGCGUUGUUUUCCAUUGCAUGAUUGGGGUCUCUGCCCUAGGUUUACCUGAGACGCAGGGUGAACAAACAUGAGUUGUUUUGGUUGCAUAAAGUCACCACGCGAAAAAACCAUUACCAAUCACUCUAGGCGCAACGAUAAGCCCACCAAUCUCAUUUCCCUUGAUAAGGUUAAAGUUGAUUUAAAUGUGAAUGGUAUAAGAGAAGAUAACUCUAAGCCUGAUCAGCUUUCUCAGGACGUGAAGAGGUUGAAUUUGAAAGAUGAGGUUUCCAAGGAUGGGAAACCCAACGGUUAUCGAGCACAAACAUUUACUUUUGAUGAGCUUGCAACUGCAACAGGGAAUUUUAGGUCAGAUUGCUUCUUGGGUGAAGGGGGAUUUGGCAAGGUUUAUAGAGGUUUCAUUGAGAGAAUAAAUCAGGUUGUAGCAAUAAAGCAACUCAACCCUCAUGGGCUUCAAGGAAUUAGGGAAUUUGUUGUUGAAGUGUUGACACUUAGUUUGGCAGACCACCCAAAUCUUGUGAAGUUAAUUGGGUUUUGUGCAGAGGGAGAGCAAAGGCUAUUGGUUUAUGAGUACAUGCCAUUAGGAUCCUUGGAGAGCCAUUUGCAUGAUAUUUUGCCCGGGAAAAAACCACUUGAUUGGAAUACAAGAAUGAAAAUAGCUGCUGGUGCAGCUAGAGGUUUGGAGUACUUACAUAAUAAAAUGAAGCCUCCGGUCAUAUAUCGUGACAUCAAAUGCUCCAACCUUUUGAUAGGUGAUGGGUACCAUCCCAAGUUAUCUGAUUUUGGCCUGGCAAAAGUUGGUCCAAUUGGUGAUAAGACUCAUGUUUCCACUAGAGUAAUGGGUACUUAUGGGUACUGUGCCCCGGAUUAUGCAAUGACGGGUCAAUUGACAUUCAAGUCUGAUGUAUAUAGCUUCGGGGUUGUUCUUUUGGAGAUCAUCACAGGCAGGAAGGCCAUAGACCAUACAAAACCUGCCAAAGAACAAAAUCUAGUUGCAUGGGCAAGACCCUUAUUCCGAGACCGGAAAAAAUUCUCCCUGAUGGUAGAUCCAUUGCUUGAAGGUCAAUAUCCAGUGAGAGGUUUGUACCAAGCUCUUGCUAUUGCUGCUAUGUGUGUUCAAGAGCAGCCUAACAUGCGUCCUGUUAUAGUUGAUGUGGUUACCGCUCUGAACUACCUUGCUACCAACAAAUAUGACCCUCAAAAUCAGACAGUAGAAAGCUCUAAUAGAAGAAACACAUCUUCUCCAAUGGGUAAAGGUGAUGAUCAUAGACGUAAUGAUAGUAAUGAUUCUGGAACAGACAUAUCCGGAGAUUAGAAAAAAGUGGAGUGUUGUGGGAUAUUGAUAUUGUAAUGUGCCUAGUUAUCUGAUUUUGCUUCAUAGUAGAUAACAUGUGCUUCUUCAAAUAUGAAAUGUUUCACACAAAGAAAAUUCCUUCAUUUUAGUUGGGGACCCCCCUCCUUAGGAUUCUUGUCUUGGCUUAUUUUUUAGAAUUUAGACUCAGCUACAAUAAGUGACUUGUUGUUAACUGAAGUUCAUUGGCUAUCGUUGCCUAUAUGACUCUAUCAAAAAAAAUUGCACAAAAUGAUCAAUGUAAGCAACCCCCUUCAUUUUUUC